AUGGAUAUCAACUACAACAAGACAUUAUUGGAUACCCAUCUAGAGAGACUUGCAACAUACAGCUCUAACACUGACUCCAAUUGCACCAACUCUGACAUAGUCCUUCAGAUAGUUGGAAUCAAUCACCAAAUUCGAGACAAAGUAUUUCUUGAACUGUCCGAUUCAAAACACAUUGUAUCUGCACUUAUUAAUGAUACCUCUAAGAAGACCAGGGACUUUCCAAUCAACACAUGCAUCCGUGUGAAGAAGUUUACCUUAGCAAUAAGGGGUCACUUGGUCAUUCUUAACUAUGAGUUGAUACCUCCUACACAAGACAAAGAAAAAGGUGACAAGCCUAUCCACAUCCAUCCCAUAACAUUGGUCAUCUCAGACCUAGACAAGAAAAAAUCGUCCCGAGCUCCAUUGUCUCCACUCAACAAGAUCAAAUCUUACCUAAUAGGAUUCAAGAACUCCAAAUCACGAUACUAUAUCACUUCCAACCAGUUAAACAUUGCCAUCAGUGAGUUGUUGAUCAACUAUCCCAACCAUCCAAACCAAAAAACAGAGUCAAUACAUUCGUCAACACAGCAACAAUGUUUGUUGACACUGGUAUCCAAUUUACUAGAUAGUCGUCAUCUGCAUAAUAUUGAGCAUGACAUACUUAAAGACUUUGGUCGACUACUGAACAAUAUUGACUUUGAGUCGUUGAAAGACAGAUCAUUGGAACAAACAUUGUCAUACCUUAAUUUGGCAAUAGCCAAGCCACAUUGGUCAUAUUUCAUCUUGGUGGAUGCUGGCUUCAUCUCAACAUUACUCACAUCACUGAGGGAGUCUAGUCUGGCAAAUGAUGAACAGAUGGAUCAACUUUUCAAUCUCUAUCUCAUGUUGCUUCGUGCCUAUUUGGACUGUCCUGGUUGUUACGACAACAUUUCAUUAGCCUUUGGAAGAGAUCGAGUUGAACAAGGACUCUUUCAACUGAUGCUGGGGACCAACAGCAGGGUCUCGCCACCAUCAUCGUACCAAAUUCUAUACUUUAUCCAAUGGAUAGCUAACAAGGGCAGCUUGCCAACUAAUAUCAUUGACAAUGGAGAGAUCAAGCAAUCACUCUUUAAGCUAGUAGUGUCUACAAUGGCCAAUGGGCUGAUGAAUAACUGGAAUGCAAUGUCUUCAGUGCUAUCAAUGGUGAUUGAUGACAUCGACAAAGAUGACAAUCAAGAGAGAAUGAUACAUCUGUUGACGCCUGAGAAACAUCCAUAG